CGAGAGUGGUUCGCCCGUUCGUUCAAGUUUCCGUGUGUCCUUAGAUGGGGAAGCAUGGACUAAAAGUGUGAUGCAGCAUGACGGACUGCGAACUUUGAACCCCAAAUAAAGCCUGGAUCUCUUUGAGUCGGGCUUACAGGUAACAAAACGGCAACGACAUCCCAUGCUGCUUGUUAGUCCAAGGCUUCGCUUUCAUUUCAUCGGCAUCAUAUGGUCACCAUCAGCAGUUCUCAUCGAUCCGUGUUGACCUUGAGGUCAGAUCUCGUACGUCAGGUCAUCGAACCACGACAGCCGCAUCGCUACUUCGCACAAUUACUUUAGGCACUCAACAUAUCUUAUGCAACAUUUCUUGCUUGGAUAUGUUAAUUCCGAAUCCUCAGAGCCACGCUCCCUCGAGUCGUGCCAGACAGCCUUCAUCGACCGCUGCAAAUAGCGAUUCCCCCAACAAUGCGGCGCCAAAGGGGGGUAAGUCAUGGACCCCGCAGGAGGAGGUUAUCAGGAACAUCCGGACAGCCACGUCUAGCCGCAACUUCGAUCCCCGUCAUGCCCAUCCCGACAACGAUCUCGGGUUGAUUAAACAACCAGAGACACACCCUAUUAGCCAGGAACAGCUUGUUGCCGAGGUAAAGGGAAUUUACGCUGGACUCGUCAUGGUCGAGUCGAAGUGUAUUGAGGUCGACAACGCUCAAAGUUCAAAUAAUGAGACCAAUUUCAAGCUAAAUAAUGAGCAGUGGCAGGCAUUGAUCGCUUUACACCGAACUUUGCUGCAUGAGCACCAUGAUUUCUUUCUUGCGUCACAGCAUCCAUCUGCUAGCCCGGCAUUACGUCGGCUUGCGAGCAAGUACGCAAUGCCGGCGCGCAUGUGGAGGCAUGGUAUUCACUCGUUUUUGGAGCUUUUGCGUCAUCGCUUGCCCGCCUCGCUUGAACAUAUGCUCACAUUCAUUUAUUUGGCAUAUUCUAUGAUGGCUCUGUUGUAUGAGACUGCUCC